AUGCUCAAUCCGGAAAACCAGGCUCUAAAGAUUUUGAUUUCAGGUAUUCAUGUUGAAGUCAAAACUCUCCUCUGUAUUGACACGGUCGGCGCCUUGGGCAUCCCGCACACCGGAGUUUUUGGUUUCCUCAAGAUGCUGUCACCUCUCAUCAAGAAGCAACAGUUCAUGGAGACAAAUGCGGCCUCGAAUGUCCAAGUUCUGCUGCAUGUGCUUGCCUUGCAUGAGUCACGGGGUCCGUUCCGGCCGACGUUGAUGCAGAUUGACGAGGCGUCCAGCCAAGUCCUGGAGCAGCUCUGGUUCCUCGGCGGCCACGGUGACGUCGCCAAGGACGACGAGUACGGCUGCAUCGGCGACAUCGUCCUCGCGUGGUGCGUCGCCAAUCUGGAGAAGCACGCAGGCAUCGUCUUUGACGAGGCGAAGCUCGCUGUCCGGUUCGACCGCAUGGACGCCGACGUGCCCGUCUCGGGCGUCGCGCCGAGCGCCCUUGCCUGGCACGACUCCAUCGGCGACCCGGUCAAGGGCCUGUGGCCGCUGAUGGGUCGGCACACGCGCGUGCCCAACGUGCAGGCGGCCGAGGGGAAGCGCACGAACGAGAGCGUGCAUGUGACGGCUCGGCUUCGCGGGUACGGGAGCAGCCGCGGAAGACCGGCGGUGCCGGGACACAGCCUGGAGCCGCGGGAGGGAUCAUUUGUGUGGAGGCGAGACGGGUCCCAGUCAUCGGAUGGUGGCGAUGAGUCUUUCAUUCUCCACGAAGCGGCUCUAAGUAGCCGUGAAGCUCAGCUGCUUGGGAUUUCCCUUGCAACAUGA